AUGUCUGCGCCCCAGUUCUCCUACGCUGCGGAGGCAGCCGAUCGCGACAACGACGAGGACGCAGUGCAGGUUCUGUUGUGCGGCACGUCGAACGAAGGAACGAUUACCGACUUUGCGCGGGAGCACCAGCGAUUCCCGCUGGUAUCCCUCUCUGCCGCAGCUCCCGCGCCUGCCGCGUUUUCUGCCGGCGACGUCCUCGCCUCUUCAUUCCAUGGCGGCGUCGAGGAGUCAUCGCUGCUCGAGGCGGAGGGCGACGCCAGUCUGCAGCCGCAGACAACGCCUCCUCCGCGAAAACCCGAGGCAGACGGCGCCCACGGAGAGAAUAUUGAAGGAAUCCUCGACUACAGCGACGAGGCUGCUGGGGCGAUGCCUGCGUCGCUCCUCAGCUCGUUCUCCGCUUCUGGCGCCUUUCCGCUCGCGCCUCCGCCGCCGAGCGCGCCGGAGCCUGCGGGUCUCGGCGCGCACCUGAGAGAGGGCGAGGGGAGUUCUUUGCUCUCUUCCUCGCUCCCGAGGCUGGCAAGCGCGCCGCAGGCAGGCGUGCCUGACGUGGCGGCGGCGACGGCCGACGGCAAAGUCGUCAUGGACUGGGAAGUCACGAGAGACCGGAAGUGGCUCUACGCGCGCGACAAGGCGCAGUGGUUCAACUACGGCUUCGAUGAAGCGACGUUCAAGGAGUGGGUUCAGAAGCUCCUCGACGAGCGGCGCGAGCGGCUCGCUCAUCGUUCUGUAGUGGACGCCGGUGAGGAAGCGCAGCCUGCCUUCGCUUCUCAGGCAGGGUAUUCCCUUCCGUAUCCUGCAGCUCAGACCUUCGCCUAUCAGGCGCCCCCAGAUUCGACUUUUCAGCGGUGA